AUGGACUCGAGCAAAGACACUUCCGCAAGAUAUAACGUCUUAACAACAUCAAGUGGCUCUUUAAAUAAGACCCAAGAGGAAGCACCUUCCUCUGACUGCACCGAACACUCCCUGUGGGCAUACCGUAAGGCGAUAGCCUACUGCUUCUCCACGGCGUUUACCGGUUUCAUCUUUGGUUGGGAUGUUGGUACUAUUGGAGGUCUCACUAACUUGGAGAGUUUUAAACAGUCGUUUGGAUAUUUGAAUUCGGACAACGUCUGGACAAUUGACUCGCUUGUCUCUGGGCUGAUAAUCUCCGUGUUCAACAUUGGUUGUGCCUUUGGCGGCUUAACCCUCUCCAAGGCGGCUGAUAGAUGGGGAAGGAAGAUGUGCCUUUACCUUUCUCUUGCUAUCUAUUCCGUUGGAGUUGUCGUCCAGUGGUCUUCGGUAUUUAGUGGUGCCUGGUACCAAUUCAUGGUGGGUCGUAUCAUCACAGGCAUUGCUGUAGGAGCUUCAAGUGUUGUUGCUCCAAUGUUCAUCUCUGAGUCUUCCCCAACGGUUAUUCGUGGUUCCAUGGUUGCACUGUACCAGUUGAUGAUCACAUGUGGCAUUUUGAUGGGUAAUAUUGCAGAUUAUUCUGUCAAGAAAUACAUGGCUGGCAACAUCCAAUGGCUCACCCCUGUCUGGCUCUGCCACGUUUGGUCCGUGCUUGUGAUGCUUGGUUUGUUCCUGAUGCCAGAGUCUCCAGUGUAUUACGUAUCUAAGGCUCGUUACAACGAUGCCUCAAGAUCACUCUCACUUUUGAACAGCAAACCUGUUGACUCUGAUUUCGUUCACUCUGAGGUUGAAAAGAUUGUUGAAAACCAAUCGCAUAUCAUUAGUGCUCAAAGGGACUCUCUAUGGUACGACGUCUUUGUUGGAAAGUCGAACCUGAAGCGUUUGUUCAUUGGCGUGGCUGUCAUGAUUUUCCAGCAGUUCUCCGGUGCUAACUAUUUCUUCUAUUAUGGUACUUCUUUGUUUGCCUCUGUCGGACUCUCGAACUCCUAUAUCACAGCCAUGAUCCUUGGUGGAGUCAACUUUGCAUCAACGUUCUUUGGAAUUUAUACCGUGGAGAAACUUGGUCGUAAAUCCACACUUUUGACUGGAAGUAUUGGCAUGUUCCUGUGUAUGAUCACAUAUACAGCUUUGGGUUCAUUUGCACUCAAAGAUUCCAAUGGGGAAGAGACAAAAUCUAUCGGGUUCCUUAUGAUUGUAUUCACAUGUGUCUACAUCUUUUUCUUUGCCACAACUUGGGGUCCAGGUGCCUUUGUUGUUGUUUCUGAGUUGUACAACGUUAGAACUCGUGCAAUUGCUAUUGCUAUUGCAACCAGUUGUAACUGGUUUUCGAACUUUAUGAUCUCAUUUUCCACACCCAUGAUCACAGGGGAGAUAGGCUACAAACUUGGCUUUGUUUUUAGCGGAUGUUUGGCUGUCAGUGCUAUUUUCGUUUGGAAUCUUGUUCCAGAGACCAAAGGUUUGAGAAUCGAGCAAGUUGACCUGCUCUUCGAAGAUGAAGAUGACUCAAGCAAGCUCUGA